AACAAUGCAAAACAAACAAGGAAAUUCAAGUUUCUGCCUUUUCAAAUAAGUUUUUUUUAAGUUUAUUUGAUUUAAAUCUUUCAGUUAUAGUGUAUUUUUAUAAAUGGAUCUCACUCCAUGGUGACUUAGUUGUGAAUUUUACUCAGCAUUUGUAUCAUUAAUCAUUACCUGCAAGUUUUAACGCACUUGUGUCCAGAUGGAUCUGAGGCAUAUGAAGGAGGAUGACUCACUCCCUCAGGAUGACUUAAAAUCAAGCAAAGUACAGCUGUUUGAUCAGCGUUAUGAAUGUCCUGUAUGCCUUUCCUGCCUGAAGGAUCCAGUGCUCACAAAGUGUGGGCAUCGUUUUUGUGAAAGCUGUAUUCAUAUGUGGUUAGAGAAGAGGAGUAAAAGUUGUCCUAUUGAUGGUGCAGCCUUGGAAGAUUCAGAUUUGUUUCCUGACCUUUAUACAAAACGUGAGAUUUUAGAGCAACGGAUUCUAUGUCCGUUCGAGGGCUGUGGCAUUUCCCUACCGCUGAUGGAACUUGAUGGACACAUGACAGAGUGCUCCUUCAAAGAAAAUGUCGAACCCGAGAAGGAAAAGGAGUGUUCAUUCAAAGCUUUUGGUUGUUUAGCAGUUCUUACAAAUAGUGAAGAUCUUUCAAAGCACCUUCAAUCAGAGCUACACAAUCAUAUGGAACUUUUGGUGAAAACAUGCUCGAGGCUCACUCAACCUAGUUUGGCACACAAAGCUCAAGAAUCCGAACAUUUCUGGAGUCCUUCAAAAGCAGAUGAAGAGUCACCUGCAAUUCUGCCUCAAAAGGAAUUAAUCAGGGCUCUCUAUGAAAGGAUCGUGCUCCUGGAGCAAAGUAAUCGUGAACAAGAGGCAGAACUUCGAAAGUCACAACAGCAAGUAUCUUCACUGUCUGCUGAAUUGAGUGUUUGCAAGGAGCAUCUUUCUCGCAUCAUGCAUUCGGGAGAGUAUGUUUGGAAGAUCAACAAGUUUAAGUUAACUCUGAAUAGAAUGCUCAUAAAUCCAACCUAUAUGUACUACAGUCCGUACAUUUACACAUCUGCCUAUGGGUAUAGAUUUCGGGCGAGAUUGAAUAUCUCCUUGCAAAAUAAAAACUACCUGGCUUUGAACAUUCACCUUGUGUCAGGAGACCACGAUGCAACCUUGGACUGGCCAUUCUCCGGCCAGAUCAUGUUGGCCGUUGCUCACCCGGACGAUUCGUUGUUAACAGUCAAAGAGACAGUCAUGUCAGAACCAGAUCUAGAAGCUUUCAAGCGACCCAUCAAAGACAUGAUGAAUGCUCGAGCUUUCGGCUUCAAUGAAUUCAUUUCCAUCUCGCAGGUUCUUGAGAACGGCUACUUGGACGAUGAUACCUUAAUCAUACGAAUCCAGGUCAAAAUAAUUUAAUUUUUUUGCCUUGUCUCUUUUGCGGUUCAAGAGAGGCUCUCUUUUGUGAUAGUCAAGCAGGGUGUUUACUUGUGAAAAAGUUCAGAACAUUGGAUAUAAAAAGAUGAUUUUGAAAUUUUGAAGAUGUAGCCGUAAGUAUGAAUUGCAUUGUACGCUCUAGUGAAAGAGUUUUGCACCAACCAGCCUCACUUAUGUGUAAAAGAAGACCUAAUUGAUGGUUAAGACAUAAUUGGAUGCAAAAGAUAACAUGACUUGCCUUCUUAAAAUAAGGUUUUACAAUUGUACUUGCAGGAAUAAGCCUGAAAUGUAAAAAAGUUUCAACAGUUGAAUGCUGUGCCGCAAACUGUACAACAUAAAACUGUUGUGGAGCUACAAAUCAUAGCUUGUUGAGAUUAUGUUAUUAUUUGCAUCCAAAAAGCUGGAGUGAAGUCGAUCUAAUCAGCCCCUUUAUUAGGGAGUUAAGUAAUUCAUAUCGAAGCUUUAAUAAGCACCGAUAAAGCACUUCAUUUUUCUUUUAGAGGAAGUGCUUAUUUUGAAUGGUUGGGAAAUACUAUUCAAGGAGUUUGAGAACUUUUGAAAAGAUCUCAGGAGACGUCCUGCUUUAUUAUUGUUACUUUUUAACUAGUUUUUCUUUCCGUCCAUUUAUAACUUGUAAAAGUCUAUCAAUGCAUUUUUGGAGUCAGCAAACUAUCAGCACUAGUUACUUACUGCUAUGCUGUAGGUGUUCCAAAACCUCUUGGAAAAUCUACGUCCAUUUUUUUUUUGCCCUUUCAGGUAGCAUCAGUGAAACAUUUCUUUCUUCGGUUACCUUGCAUGCAAAAGGGGUAAAAACAGUGACCGAAUCUCCAUACAGGCGGCAGCUACCAGUAAAAAUAUAUGGUUUAAGUACUUGGAGUUAACAGUCAUUUAAGCAGGGUGUCGUCUUUCGCAUUGGGUUUUUACAGUGUUGCUAUAGUUUGCUGACUCCAAGAACCUAACUUCAUUGACAGUAUUUCUGUGAUAAUUUAUUAUUCUAAUCAUCACAAUUGUAUGAAGUGAUUUAUAAUGCCAGUGGUUCGCUGAUCUCAAGAAUUAAAGGGAAAAUCAUGGUGGUCUAGGUAGCAAUUAAUAUUUUCUGACCAUCAAGAGGACCUCUAUUCAGCAAUGAUCAAAGAAUCAUUUUUUUAUUUUAUUCAUUCCGUCCAACUAUAAAACGGGGGAAAUCCCUUCAGCUUAUAGUCAGUAGUUUAGUGACUAUAGGUCAUCGAACUCAAAUUUUUUCUGUUAGAUGUUUAAUCGCACCCCUGCCGGCCAUUGGUUCUGAAAGGUUAUUUUUUAACAUGUUGAAACAUUUUUUCUUUCAUUCCUGGUGAUUUCUCAUGUGAUUGCCUCUAAUUGAAACUUAAUCAUGCCUUCUUUUUUCCUCUGUUUUUGUUUGUGGUAAUCUUACCGCGUAUGUAAUUUAUAUUCCCUGGGCCUUUAAUCUGCAGCCCCAGUUUGGGAAAACUUGAAUCAGGAAAAGAAUUGCCUUUCAAAAGAAUAAAUAAUUUCUUUUUGCUCUGAUGUAACAUUAUUAUAAAUGUAUCUGUUUUUUGUUUUUAAGUUUAUUAAUAUAAAGUUUCAUUUUAAUUAA